AUGAGCGAUACCAGCAAAGUUCUUCAAAAUUGCCCAUGCUGCGGCGACCUACUUGGUCCCCAACAAAUCGAGCGACACCUGCAGCUAACUGUCGCCACAAUGGACCUUGACUCAGAGUCAGACUCAGACAACAACAACAACAACAGCUUUGACAUGGGGGUUGAAAUUGCGCAUUACAAAGAGAAUGACCUGUUACCCGCCAAUGUAGAUUUUUCCGAAUUAGAAGACCCCCCGCAACAAAACCCAGGAGACCUGGGCCAUUUCGAAAUGCCCAGUCUAUCUCUUGAUGAGCCCCCACUACCGCACAACCUCAUUCAUCAUAAUCCGCCCGUAAACAUACAAACAUGGCCCAACCCGCCUUCAGACAACCCCAACUCCGACUUAGAAGAUGAGCUAGAGCUUAGUUGUCAAAUUAUCAAUGGCCCUGAUUGCGACCCUGAGUACGUUGAACGGGACAAUGUUGAUGUCCCCCAUGUCAACCCCAAUGACAAGCCCAGGCUCACCGAGGAGGAGAUGCGCAAGGCGCUGGAAUUUGAUUUUGGCAAUAUGCUUGACAAUGAAUGGGUUGAAAUGUACUCUUGUUCAUUGUCAGAUCACAAUCGCCAAACUCUUCAGCUCUUAGCCACUCGUAUUCGCUCCCAUUUCUUGCGUCAAACGUGGGACGACCUUCGAUUUGGGGCCUGUUUGGAGCUGGAGUUCCCAAGCAAAUUCAUUGCGUACCGCCGGCUCCAAAUCCUCUCAGGGCUCAAAACUCGUGUUUACGACUGUUGCAUCAACUCCUGUAGGCAAAGCAAGGCGGGUCUUCCGCUACACCCCCUUAAUCCCUCAGCUUCAGGGCCUUUUCCAAAACGCACAAAUGGCCAAAAACUCCAAUACCGGGUUGAAUCAGAUGCCAAGUAUAAACCACAUGUUAUUUUCAAUGUGUUCGACAGUGACAACUACCUUAGGCUCCAACAAACACGAGUCCACCCCAACCACCCGUACCACUUUUUUGACAACCCCAAAGAUAUUGCUCUAGGCUUGUCGACAGAUGGAUUUACGUUAUUUAAACGGCGUAGACGUGGGCUUUCCUGUGCUUGGCCAAUUAUAUUGAUUAACUACAACCUUGAUCCUAGUAUCCGCACCCACCUUGAGAAUGUAAUCUGCGUUGGAGUUAUUCCGGGCCCAAAACAACCCAAGGACAUUAACUCUUUUUUUAUCCCCCUGCUUGACGAGUUACUAGAGCUUCAACAAGGUGUAUCUAUGCGUGGUAUUUUGGCAGAGCCCGAGGGCAUUCUGUAUGAGUUUGUAUUACGCGCAUUUAUAAUCAUCAUAUUUGGUGACAUUCUGGCCAUUUUGAAACUCAUGAUGAUAAAAGGGCACAACGCGUUCUCGCCUUGUCGCACCUGUCUUAUUGAGGGCCAGUUGUGCCAAUUGAAGCAAACAGCUGUCUAUUACGUGCCUUUGAGGCUCCCGGGCCCAGGUCAAAUACGCCAGUGGUCCCACGAUGCCCUUCCAAUUCGAACUCAUGAACAAUUCCUACGGCAAUAUGCCAAGCUGGGUGCGGCAAGAACACAGGCCGAGCGUGAAGAAAUUGCUCGAAAUUCAGGCAUUAACGGGGAGCCCAUAUUUACGCAGCUUUGUUCAAUUGACCUCCCCUCAAAUUUCCCUUACGACAUUAUGCACUUGCUGUUUGAGAAUCUUGUCCCGAAUAUGGUCAAACACUGGACUGGGGACUUCAAAGGACUUGACAAAGGAACCGGAACUUACAGAAUAUCAAAGGCCCAAUGGAUGAUGGUUGGACUACUCACGGCUUGGGCCACUCGAACAAUCCCUUCUGUGUUUGUUGGUACCCUGCCAGAUAUUGCUCAAGACCGGAGCUUAUUCAAAGCAGAGGCUUACUCAUUCUGGAUACAAUACUUGGCUCCAAUCCUCCUCAAGGAUGUCAUGCCGCGAAAGUAUUACAACCAUGUUCUUGCACUUCGCGAAAUUAUUUUAUUAUGUCUCCAAUUCAAAAUUACCCGCAUCGAAGUCGACGAAUUACAGGCAAUGAUAAACAAUUGGGUACUCAAGUACAAAAUGUACUACUACCAAUAUCGAACAUCUCGGCUCCCCACAUGCCCCCUCACCAUUCACGCCCUCCUGCACAUACCUUAUUAUAUCCUACGAACUGGGCCUCUCUGGGCCUCGUGGGCCUUCGUCAUGGAGAGAUUCUGUGGGCGGUUAUUACCAGCCGUCAGAAAUCGCACUCGGCCAUACAUCCAACUCGAUAAUUAUAUCGAACGGCGCGCACAGCUGCAACUUGUAGCAAAAAAGUAUGAUAUUCCCACACUCACAAAGGCUUACGUUAAGCCCAGUCACCCCAACGAGGUGCAAAUGUCGACUCAGGAAAUCGCUUAUCCACAAUUAUUAGGACGACCUAUACACUACAAAGUUACACUCGACAAAGUUUUAAAAAAGCAGCUGAUCGGGUAUUUUAACCUCGUGUACCCAGGACGCAAGCCACAAGACCAUGUCAAUAGUAUCGAUGCCGGCUCACUUAUUCGGUACGGACAAUUCCGCAUUGAUGAUGGCGACCGGUUUCGUACCGCGAUUAUGAUUGAUCGGGACCCGACUGCACGAGAUAACUCAUACAUUAAGGCAGGUACAAUUUCCUCCACUUCUCUUACCAGUAUCUUACGUUUUUAUCACACUAGUACGACCUUUGCCCGGACCGAUAUGCGUCCUUCAGUAGCCAACGCGACCGCCCGAUACGGGAAGUUCAAUAUGGCCGGCUGCACGAUAUUUAUUAUGUCGAAUACAUCGAACCGUAAGCUAGCUUUAGUUGGAAUCACUUGA